AUGUUUGAGUCUGAGCCACAGACCUUCUAUGCAAAAUGCAAGAUGUAUGGGCGUGGGUGCGACUGGCUUAUCCGAGCCAGCUUGAUACGGAAAAAAGAUUGUUGGGAGAAACGUAAAUACAAUGGAAGGCACACGUGCACAAUGGGAACGAUUUCACAGGAUCAUUCCAAGUUGGACUCGAAUACCUUUGCUGAUAGUAUAAUGCCGUUAGUCGAGACUGACCCGUCAAUCAAAGUGAAAUCUAUAAUAGCGGAAGUCCAGUCAAGGUUCAACUAUACCAUCAGUUACCGAAAGGCUUGGUUGGCAAAGCAAAAGUUCAUAGCAAAAGUUUUCGGUGGUUGGGAGGAUUCUUACCAAGCCUUGCCAUGGUGGCUCUCGGUCAUGGUUCAGAAGAUACCUGGGUCAGUUGUGCAAAUAGAAACACGCCCACUGUACAACGAGAAUGAGGAGGCGCAAGGUGUAAAAAUACUUCAUCGCGUAUUUUGGAGCUUCAAUCCAUGCGUUAGGGCAUUUAGGCAUUGCAAGCCUCUAGUUCAGGUAGACGGCACACACCUAUACAGAAAAUACAAAGGAACACUCCUGGUUGCUGUUGCACAAGAUGGGAACCAGAACAUUGUGCCUAUAGAUUUUGCGCUGGUGGAAGGGGAGACAACUGAUGCGUGGCACUUCUUUCUCAGAAAUCUGCGAAUGCAUAUUGUCAGAAAAGACGGUGUGGGUAUGAUUUUAGAUCGGAAUGAGUCAAUUCGGACAGCAGUAAAUCGUUCCGGAGGUGACUGA